UUUUGUCAACACAAUUAUUACGGCUCUGCAAGCCACCGAAUGGGCAAAUCUGUUAACAAGAAUCGGGGCAGAUGCCAUGCUGCAUCUCCUUACCAAGACCUCCAUUUUUAUCAAACUCCCUAACGAGUGUUUAUGUCAAAUGACGGUGAAUCUAUAAAUGACCUUGGGAAGCGGAAGAGAGACCCGUUGGAGGGCUCGGGACCACGCAAACGCCUCAAGCUCAUCGUAUGGAAGAAUCCCUCUAAAGCUUCCCUGAAGGGUAAAGUCAAGUUGGACGCUAUUCCUUCGGAACGACGAACAUCAGCUGAUAUUCCAUUCGUUCGUGCACGGAUGUUUUUCGCAAGACCGAAUCGUGAGCGUGCGUCGCAAAAUAUCAUUGUGGGCCUGCCUUGUACCCAUGUGCUUAACCGGUUAAAUCCUUCUUACUUUCGUCAAACGCAGUUACAAGCUGGAGCAUAUCAAGACCCUGACCCGCGCCAACAAGCACAGAAAGCCAGACACCUAAGCAAAUAUAUCUUUCCGUUGCAAUACGGUCUAUCCAACGUAUUCAGUCAGCCGUCAGCUGCUAAAGAAACUUAUAAGCAGCCGAAUUUUGCUGACAGAGAGCGUGAGAUUGAGCUCUUUGGAACAUGCAAAACACCGAAGCGGCUGAAGGACGUGCUCGUGCUUUUGGAGAAGAUGAUCUGGCGACAUGGCAAAUGUCACUAUAAGUUACUUAGAGACACAGUUUGUCCAUCCAAGAUCACAACAACGGAUAACAAGACGAUGGACAGUAGCAUCAUACUGAGAACUCAAUCCACCUGAAAUCGCAAGCGUCGCAAAUCAACAUGUCAAUUGAUUUUGCAGGAAACAGCAUCAUCACAGAUCGGACUCCAGGUAAAAAUGAAACGGAACACAA